UUGAGGCGGGGCGCGGUUAGUCCCGAGCACCCUGCCGGCAGGGCCGUACCAUUCCGACCCGGGGAGACCUGGAGGGCCGCGCGGAGGGCUUCUCCCAGGAACUUCCUCUAUGAGACGGAGUGCUUAGCUCAACUAGGUGCGCGGCGGAGGGCGCAGACCUCGCGGGUUCGCGCGGCGGGUCGGUGGGUGCAGGUGUCCACUGUGUGGCGGGGCUGCUAUCCGGAGCCAUGGGUCUCCAGGUCCAAGUUAUUUAUUGUGGAGCUUGAGGCUACAAGUCCAAGUAUCUUCAGCUCAAGAAGAAGUUAGAAGAUGAGUUCCCUGGGUGCCUGGACAUUUGCGGCGAGGGAACUCCUCAGGCCACUGGGUUCUUCGAAGUGAUGGUAGCAGGGAAGUUGGUUCACUCCAAGAAGGGAGGUGAUGGCUACGUGGACACAGAGAGCAAAUUUCUGAAACUGGUGGCUGCCAUCAAAACCGCCUUGGCUCGGGGCUAAUGUGCCCUAAAGGCAGAGUUCAGGGACCUUGACCCAGCCCCUCGUGGCAGACGCUUCAUGACAGGAAGGACUGAAAUGUCUCGUGGACGCCUGGUCUUUCCUUGACAUUCCUGUGGCUGCCGUUUUGGGAUGGAGAUCGAGGCCCCUGGUCUUUGCCUGUGUGGGAGAGUGUGUGUGUUUCCCCCAGAAUCCCUUUACCCACCACCCUGCCCCUUCCCUGUCCCCCGAUUUCACCAUCUCUCCCUGCAUCCCCCCAUGUCUCCUUUCUUGCCCCUCCCCCCCUAACCCCCCAGUCUGUGGGAGGUCUUGCCUCAGGCUUCCUGCUCAAAGGGAGGCCAAGAGAGGGAUCAGGGUGGGUUUUUGGCAGUGUUUGCAGUGCUUCUCCAGUCAAAAUAAACAACAGAUGAGUUUAGCCAA